AUGGCGACUAUAGGCAAUCAAAACCAAGGUGCCCAUCAAUCAGCACUUCCCAUUUUUGAUGGGGAAAAUUAUGAUUUUUGGUAUGUGAAGAUGAAGACCAUUUUUCCCUCAUAUGAUUUAUGGGAUUAUGUUGAAGAUGAACAACAAUUGAAAGAUCAAAAGAAGAAAGAUGCAAAAGCUUUAGGCUUGAUUCAACAAGAAAUUGCUGAUACAAUCUUUCCCAGAAUUAUCAAUGCUUCUAAAGCAAAAGAGGCAUGGGAUAUUCUCGAGAAGGAGUAUAAAGGCAGCACAAAGGUGGUAAAUCAAAUGAAGACCUAUGGGGAAGAUAUUUCUAAUCAAAGAAUUAUUGAAAAAAUUCUGAUUAGUUUGCCGAAAAAAUAUGACUCUAUUGUUACUGUUAUUGAAGAGACUAAAGAACUUGAAAACUUGAGUGUUGAAGAAUUGAUGGGUUCCAUAAAAGCAUUUGAGCAAAGGUUGAGUAGGCGCUCCGAAAAGACAAUUGAAAGUGCUUUUCAAUCCAAGCUCAGUGUUAGUUCCAAAAAUCAAGAAAAAUACCCAUCAAGUUUUGAUCGAUCCAAAGGUGAAUCUUCUAGAGGUGGAAGACACGGAAGAGGAAAAGGAAGAAAUUCAAGAGGAAGAGGAAGAAAUAAUUUUGAGAGAAGUGGAAAUAUAGAUUCCACUCAACAAAAUUGUGGAAUUUGCAAGAGAAGUAGCCAUGUUGACAAAGAUUGUUGGUUUCGGGGAAAACCUCAAUGUUUUAAUUGCAAGAAAUUUGGACAUGUUCAAAAAGAUUGCCAGUUGAAAACAAAUCAGCAAGCUAAAUUUUCUGAAGAGCAAGAAGGUGAAAUGAGCAUGUUUUAUGCUUGUCACUCGACAUCGGAACAAAAUAAUGAUGUGUGGUUUCUUGAUAGUGGGUGUAGUAACCACAUGACCGGAGAUUAA